CCCUAUGCUCUCUCCCCCCACCGCCCUCCAAAAAGCGCAGGCUCAGCCGCCGGGACAUCUUCCUCUGAUCACCACACGAUGGCCUCCGCUCCUCUGCUGAGUCUUCGCCUCCUCACUCCAGGAUGUGUGACUGCCUGCUGCAGAAUUUCCUCAUCACAAUUCACUACUGCUCACAAGCUCAAACCAUUUGGGGUUCAGCUUAUAGGAUGUAUCUUUUGGCAGCACACCUCCUGCUGUGUUGUCCAUCCGGCUGUUGUUGGACCAUCUUACCCUGUACCCAAGCACAUAAAGAAGCCAGACUAUGUGACGACAGGCAUUAUACCAGACUGGGGGGACUGCGUCGAAAUUAAAGAUGAAGAUCAGAUUCAGGGUCUUCGACAAGCCUGUCAGCUGGCUCGCCAGAUCCUCCUCUUGGCUGGAAGUAGUUUAAAGGUUGGUAUGACAACUGAAGAGUUGGAUUACAUUGUUCAUCAUGAAGCAAUCAGAAAUAAUGCGUACCCAUCGCCACUGGGUUAUGGAGGUUUUCCGAAGUCUGUUUGCACCUCUGUGAACAAUGUAGUGUGCCAUGGCAUACCUGACAGUCGACCUCUUCAGAAUGGAGACAUUAUCAACAUUGAUGUCACAGUGUAUUUUAAUGGAUACCAUGGGGACACCUCUGAAACAUUCUUGGUUGGAAAUGUGGAUAAAUCUGGGCAAAAGCUCGUUGAGGUUGCCAGAAGAUGCAGAAAUGAAGCAAUUGCUGUUUGUAGGCCAGGAGCGCCACUGAAUGUAAUUGGAAAUACAAUCAGUCAGAUAGCAAAUGCCAGUGGACUGCAAGUGUGUCCUCAAUUUAUCGGCCAUGGGAUAGGCUCUUAUUUUCAUGGACAUCCUGAAAUUUGGCAUCAUGAUAUGAACUAAUGGAUAGGCAAAGAUCAAGUCAACUGCAGAUCAUCAUCUGCCCCAUGAUAUAACUUAUGGCAGCACAGGUUCGAACUAGAAAGAUACUUUUCUAGGACGGGCAGCAAGAUGUUCUUCCUUACAAAUGUGGUCAACACACGGAAUUUUCUGGUUUGUUACUAAAGGCAAAAGCGCUGGUACAAUUUUAAAAACAGCUCUUUAGAUGAUAGGAGCAUAGUUGUGUGAGUGGGGGAGGGUUUUGACAGAAGUAAGGGACUGUAGUUGCUUUCUGGACACACGAGCUAAGAUGGACUAAAUGGUCUUCCUCAUCUUGUAUUGGUUAUUUCUGUAUCUUCAUAUCUAAGUAGUAUUUAUCACCAAUUCUCUAAACAUUUACAUCUUUCUGAAUUUCUUUAAGUCUUUUUGUCAUGGUCAUUAUGGUAUUGAAACAUUUUCUCUGUAUCUUAAUCUUUUUGUUUGUCUCAUCUCCUGCAAGAUGGACUAACACAGAGAAUUAACCUAUGUCUAUUGAGUAUGUAGCACAUUCUGUAUGCAUCUGGUGUGUCAGUUUAUAGGUGAGCCUGUCUAUUUCUGUGUUCUUUGUUUACUUUUCUGUGUCUUUUUAAAAAUUUAACACCCCUAACCAUUUUGUCCUCAUGUCUUAAUUUCUGUAAAUCUACAUUUUGAAUCUGCAAAUUUGAAUAUCAAAAUUUUAAUAUUUCUUAAGAAACAAGUUGUUCUGGUUGGAAAAGUCAUCAUACAUGUCUAUGCAUAUAUACUACAGCCCAAGCUUAAUUCAAAGAUUUUGAACUUGAAGAAUUCAACUGAGGUAAACUUAGCAUCUGAAAGUUGUUGGAGGUAUGUGAAGAUUAUAUGCAAAUAUUUAUAACAAUAGUUUGUAUUAUUAUAGCAGCUCGAACAAAAUAAAUAAAAUCCCACAACAAACCUAAUCAAACAAAAUUUGAAAUCCAAGCACAUAAGGGAAUUAUACAGUAGGUGUCCAAAAGCUUUGUCAAAGAGAGAGUUAAAAGUGAAUAGAGCCAGAGAGGUUUGGCAUGGAACUUCCAGAACUUAGGGUCUGGGCAACUGCAGGCAUAACUACCAGUGAUGGGAUGAAAACUGUAAGUAGGAAUUUAUGUUUCUUUUUAAGAAUUAUUAUCUUUUAAUAUCCUUAUUAUGGUUUAACCCUAAUUUUAGUACAUUGUACAGCAAUUGGGGAAGCAGUAUGCCUGCUGUAAAGUUUUAUUUUCACAAACAUCAAUAAUUCAUUUUCGCAUUUAAAACUUUUUCUGAAAGAUAAUAAAAGAAGCCUACUUGUGCUUGAUUCAAAUCUCAUGUUUAUCAGAAACAAAUGUCAGCAUGCUUUGCAACUUGUAUGAAUGUACUAGCUGCAAAACUGCUCACCUUCCAUUCUACUCACUAAAUACAGAUCCUCUGCAAAAGCUAAAUAUUUUACCAAUUCACCUAUUUAAAAUAUCACAACUCAUCAUUAAAAUUCCUAUCCUGAGAAAAGAUUUUGGUGAACGCAAAUUUUCUCCACCACCAAUUUUUUUUAGAAACAACAAACAUGGACAUGGAUUACACAAAAUUACUAGACAUAAAUAUAUUAAAGGACAACUUGUCUUAUUGCUUUCCAUCAGACUAAUAUUUGACAUUCUUUACAGCUUUGUGAUCCAGAUAAUGAGCUUUGUCAAAUAACCUGAAUCACCUUUGUGAAUGACUAAAUCAUAUAGAAUCAAAUGCAUUUGUGUUAAAUUCAGAGAAAAUGAAUUGUUUAACAAAGUCUUGAUUCUCUAUGAGCAAAUCUUAACUUGAACCUUGUUUCCAUGAUUAGUGUGGAAUGAAUUUGCAUCCUGCUGACGCAAAUUGAAAUCUUCUGAUACAAAUUACAAUAUGUUUACACACAGCAAGCCAGCAACUGUAAUUCACAGUAGAUGUUAUUGGGAAAGCCAGCACAUGCUUAUGCCAGAGGCAGGUGAAAUGUGUUUACUUAAAUGUCUUUGUAAAAAACAAAAUGUGCAGUUUUGGCAAUUUAAGAGUUGUAUUGUAAAAGGUAAUUUGUUUUCAAGACAUUUACUAGAAGCCCUCCCCCACAAAUCCUUCUGUCACCUCCUGAUGAGGACAUGUUGAACAGCCUAGCCACUGCAAAGCACUCUGCAUGAAAAAUGUGAUUCAGCAGCACCUGGCAUUUUACUCAAACUUCUAAUUACUUCGCUCCAGAACAAUAUUACAUCUGCACCCUGGAGAUAGGAGAUCUGUUGCUGCCCUGUAGCUUACAUUGAAGGGAAUAAUAACAUAGAGAUGUAGAAAACCAGAAGCUCUAUGUUAACUGAGUAUUUCUCAAUUAACUUAGGAUUUUUAAAUAAUGUUAUAGCUAUUCUCAUUAUAUGAAUGACAUAAUAAAAGAUACGGCAGUAGGAUCUCUAAACAGGACAUUAGUUUAUCUUACUUCGUUUUAAAUGCCUACACAUCUGAUGUGCAUUUUCAGAAUUCUGUGUUUUAUUUCCUGUGAAUUGUAUGGAAGUCUGAAUAAAAGCUGGAAUUG